GGGGGGACGUUUUGCUGGAGAGGACAACUCUUGAAAGAAGAGUAGGCAUCUUUUGUGACACGAAAAGACCACCAACAUUCUGUUUUAGUAGUGGGGCAUCCUGACCCAGCUUGAACAUCCGUGUCUCAGAGGAGCAUCGCAAUCUGAUUUCACUCAUUUCCUCUGAUGUCUCACUGGAAAAGAUUACGAUGUCCAAAGAUAUCUGACCUUCCAUAGGAAGAAGAUGUUAAAAACCUUCAGCAACUAUCACAGUGAUGGAUCUCUGUCAGGAAAAUGCGGCUGAGUUAGAAAAUAGUGAAAACGAUGAGACUCAAAGCCCAGAAAAAACGGAAUUAACCUAUACUUGCCCAGAUGAAAGAAGCGAGAAGAAUCACGUUUGUUGUCUUCUCCACAUCAGCGACAUUACGCUUGAACAAGACGAAAAAGCCCGUGACUUCGUCAUCGGAACUGGAUGGGAAGAAGCCGUGCAAGGCUGGGGAAGGACAUCUCCAACGGCCUGCAUCUGGUCCAGGAAGAAGCUUAAAAAGACGAGGGUGAGAGAAAGUGCCAGCAGCUGCUUACUCUGUGUCAGUCUCUCCCAAGGGAGUUCUGAGGCCGGGCCUCAGUCGGAGGUGGGGAAGUUGGGGUCUGUGGGUCUGGAGAAGGCUCAAGGCAGCCCCUCCCAGACUCAGGGGACCCGCCGAGGCCCCACCACUGCCUCCAGGGAGCUUAGCAAGAUCUGCUUUCCCACUUCCAGUCAGGGAGAGAAAAAAAGUCUGCAAAUAAAGGAGUUUAUUUGGUGCAAGGAAGACUGGGCCACCCCUGAGGCUAUUAGGGGCAAGGGCCCGGGCCAAGGUCCCUCCAUCUCAGACUCCUUGACUUCCAGGGCCCUUUUAGUCCUACCUCCCCUGAAGGCUUCACCCCCAUACGGCUUGGAUGUUCUGGGUAAGAAGAGUAAGAACUUUUUCUUGCAGCCAGAAGAGAAGGUGCUGAGUGUGGAAAAGGAUGAGUGUGUGGCUUGUGCGUGUGGACUGAAAAGGGUUGACGGGAAAGGUGAAAAGAGACCUCUUGAGCUGGCCAAGCACCCUAAGGUCAAUGACACAUUGCCUUUCCCUCCCCGGGCGGCCCCCGCACCCCUGCUGGCGGAUCACGAGAGGGGCUGCCUGCACUGGUCCUUCCUGCCUGAGAAACACCUGGUGUGCCCUCCCAAUCCCGGCAACGUGCGCUGUCUGGCCGCCGUGCAGCUUUUGCAGAACUACAAAGCCAAAUUCAAAGCCAGGGAGCCAAGACCUGCCGUGAACACCCAAAAGCUCGUUCUCACGGAGGCCAAGCAGGAAAACAGGCCCAAAACGUUGGAGACCAACGUGUUCCCGGAAACUCUCUUGCCCUCCCUCACAGUGAGCAGAGUUGUUAUUCCUGUCUCCACUCACAGACUCCUCUGAGUUGCCACAAUGGAGUUCCCUGGGAAUGACCACUGUUUGAAGUUCAUUCAUCCUCUCCCUGUCUCUCUCUCCCGCCCCGUCCCACCCUCCCUUCCCCUGUCCUUUUUUUGGUAGUAGAACCAGGGGAAAUUGAACCUCACUGUAUGGGUUCUGACUUAUUCUCAAAGCUCCCAUAUGCAUGUGUCACCUGCUUCUGCUGCCUAGCCACUUACACAAUGCAAACGGGUAAUGCCAUUCUUGCCUCUGCCUGCCUCGUCUCUCUACUCCCCACUGGAAGCCGUGCGGAUGGCGGGGACUCUGAAGGACCAUCCCUCAGUGAUGCCCGUGUCAGCCCUGAGCCAACUGGCAGGGGCUCUCUCCUCCCCACCCCAAUGCCUUAAGCUUAGUGUCAGGGCUCGUUUAGACCAAAUUAUUUCCUGAUCUCUUGAACCAGGCAGAUAUCGAUUUGUUGCUUCAUUUUCUCUUGCAACAAAGAUCUGGAACAUUGCUUUCUUAGAUAACUCCAGCCUAUGUCCAAAUGAAUAUCCUUGUGUCCAAGGUGUCCUAACCUUAUAUCCAUGGAUAUACCAUACCCACGACAUGCUGCGUGUGCCAGGGUUUCAUGUACUUAUAGCCUCAUGCUAGUCUCCACGUCUGGAAAAGUUUUAGCCACGUGAGGUCUAUAAAGUCCAUCUUGGGAAGCAGGUUAAGAAUAAUUUUUUUUUAAAUGUUGCUGUGAUUAUUAUUGCCACCCUUCAAGCUUCCUCCAGCCUUACCUUCGUCUAAUAUUUGGGAACUGUACAACUCCAGACAGACACGGAAUAGGGAUGUUACUUUCUCCCUUCCCCUGUCCUCCUUCUUCCCUCAUUUUACCCCAAUGCGUGUUUCCCAAAGUUGUAUAUAAAUUAAACAUUUGUAAAUGAGUUAUAUUUUCAGUGCCAAGUGACCACGCUAUGUAGAGAAAUGCUCCGAAAAACCAUUUUGUAAUAUGAGUAACCACUUAGCUGCUCUGUAAUUACGUAGUUUGCAUUUGCUUAAGAUAGGUUGUACUUGGAACUCUGGACUUCCUGUCCCCCCACAUGAUGGGUAGACAGAACAUAUGACUGUGUUCGUAAACAUCUGCUUUGGUCUUUGUAAUGUCUCUAGUUUAGGUGUUUAUUUCCUUUUCUGUUUCGUGGUUUUUGCAGAACACUGGAAAUCCAGAAAUGGCUGUAGUACAGCGGUCAUUAAAAGCUGUAUUUUGCCUACAGA